UAAGAAGAAAAGAAUUAUGUCUGAACCAUCAAUUGCUAAUCUUUUACAACCAACACCUCAACCGUCUCAAUUACAACAAGAAGGUUUAAUAAGCUUUUUCUGGGAUAUUGAAAAUGUACCUAUACCAAAAGCUCAAAAACCUUUUGAUAUUGUUCAACGUAUUCGACAAAAAUUAGUUGUUGAAGCUGGUUUACGAGAAUAUAGUUUUUCAUGUUUUUGUAAUAGUACAACUAUAUCUCAAGAUAAUCAACUUAGUUUAUUUCAUGGUAAUGUUCGUAUUGUUCAUGUACCUGAUCGUAAACCUGGUGCCGUUGAUCGUCAAAUCAUGCUUGAAUUAGAUCGUUUUGAACGAGCUCAUCGUCCUCCUGCAACUAUUGUACUUAUUUCUGGUGAUAUUGAUUUUGUUGGAAAAUUGAGUGAUCUUCGUCAUCAAGCAAGAUUUCAUGUAAUUGUUAUUCAUAAUAAGCCAGCAAAAGCAGAAUUAAAACAAACAGUAAAUGCUCAUUAUGCAUGGGAAACAUUUACUGAUCCACCAUCAUUGAUGACUGAAGCUAUCAUUCAUAACAAGCCAGUAAAUGCUCAUAAUGCAAGGCGGGAAGCAACUACUAAUCCACCAUCAUUGAUGACUGAAGCUAUCAGUUCUAAUAGUUUAGUAAAUGAAUUAACAAGACGACCACCACAAUCAUAUCGAAUGAAUAAUCAAAAUAACAAUGGUAAUCUACGCCAAGUAGAUCCAUCACCAAAUCGUUCAUCUCCAUCUGCUAAAUCCCGACCACCUACAGCAAAAAAACAACUUCAUAAAUGUCCAAAAUGUCCAGAUGAAUUUGGAUCUAUCCAAGCUUUACGACAACAUCAAGAUGCAAAAGAUCAUCUAUUCGAUUGUCCAAUAUGUGAUGAAAAUUUUACAACACUAGAUGGAAUAACUCAACAUCAAAAAGCUAAAGGUCAUUAUGAAGCAGAAUAUCAAUGUGAACAAUGUACUCGUCGUUUUACUAAACUUGAUGGUUUAAAUCAACAUCAAAGAGCAACAGGUCAUAAUGGAUUAAAUAUUCAAACAUCAUCAGUUACUAAUGGAUUUAUUCGUGAGUCAACACCUCCAUUGAUACUUCCACAAAGAAAUAUGAGUAUGCCGAAUACUAUGCAAGGUGCAGCAAUGUCUAUUAUUUUACAAGGCAUUGAAGCUCUUGUUCAACAUUAUCCAAAACAAAAAUAA